AAACAGCAGCGGCUGUUCUUCUGGUUCCUCGCUGUUGGCUGCCCGCUGAAGAAUGGCGGCGAGGUCCGGCUCCGACACGGAGGGGGACGGCCAGGAGACCCCGCUGCUGCCGCGCGGGAAGGACGGACGAGUCCCGCGAGCGCCGGCUUGCUGCUCGUCUCGUUACGGCCUGGCGCUGCUCUCCUGCUACGGCUUCUUCGUAGUCUAUUCUCUGAGAGUGAACCUGAGCGUGGCCAUGGUGGACAUGCUCAACACCACGCGCCAGACCAACCACAGCGCCUCCGUGUGUCCCGCUCACCCCAGUCCUGCGCGGCCCAAACACAACCACACGGCUAAUGUCUACAACUGGGACUCAGAGACUCAGGGCUGGAUCCUGGGCUCCUUCUUCUACGGAUACAUUCUGACCCAGAUCCCCGGGGGCUACCUGGCCGGCCGCUUCGGAGCCAAGUGGCUGAUGGGUUUUGGGAUCCUGGGAACUGCAGUUUUCACACUCCUGACGCCCUUGGCUGCCAAUCUGGGUGCAAGCUACCUGAUAGCUGUGCGGGUGCUGGAAGGGGUCGGAGAGGGCGUCUCCUUUCCUGCAAUGUACACCAUGUGGGCCGCAUGGGCGCCCCCAAUGGAGAGGAGCCGCCUGCUCACCAUCUCAUACCUCGGUGCUCAGCUGGGGACGGUGAUCUCCCUCCCUGUGUCGGGUCAGAUCUGCUUUUACCUGGGCUGGACCUACGUCUUCUACAUAUUUGGUGCCAUCGGGCUGGUGUGGUUCGUCCUCUGGGCUUUCUUUGUCUUCGACAGUCCAAACACUCAUCCGCGCAUAUCAGACCGGGAGAGACUCUACAUCACCAGCUCUCUCAGGAACGAGCUGUCCACUUCGGCGGGCUUCAUCCCCUGGAAAGCCAUUUUGACGUCGCGGCCGCUCCUGGCCAUCGUUGUGGCUCAUUUCUCCUACAACUGGACCUUCUACACGCUCCUCACCCUGCUGCCCACCUACAUGAGUGACAUACUGGGAUUCAGCAUUCAGCAGAACGGGAUGCUGUCGGCUCUGCCGUACGUGGGCUGCGCUUUGUUCGCCGUGGUGAGCGGACAGAUCGCCGAUUAUCUGCGAGAAACCUGCCUGUACCCGACCGUCACCGUCAGGAAGUGCUUUUCCGUUGUUGGUAUGAUCGGACCGGCCGUGUUCCUGGUGGCGGCGGGUUUCAUCGGCUGCGAUUACACUUUAGCCAUCACCUUCCUCACCCUCUCCUCCUCUCUGGGUGGAGUGUCGGCCUCUGGCUUCAACAUCAACCACCUCGACAUUGCUCCUUCGUACGCGGGAAUUCUGCUGGGAAUCACCAACACUUUUGCCACCAUUCCUGGCAUGGUGGGACCGGUCAUUGCCAGAUCUCUCACUCAACACAACACCAUUGCAGAAUGGCAGGUGGUCUUCUACAUCGCUGCAGCCAUCAACGUGUUCGGAGCGUUGUUCUACUCCGUGUUUGGUCGAGGGACGGUGCAGCCGUGGGCCAUCGGCGAGGUCUACCACCAUGGAGACUGAGCCAGGGACUCGUCCGGUGUCCACUAACGGCUGGUGGAGUGGGUAAACUCAGUCUGACAAACCAGAAUUUUACACUCAAAUGCUUCAAUGUACUUUAAAGCUGUUUUAAUGAGACCCCACCGUUGAGCUCUUUUUUAUUAUCUGUGAUAAUCAACAUGAAUUGAGAGGUUUUUGGCACUUGUGUAUGUAAGGUGACCUAAACUAACUGCAUCUUUUACCAAAGUGCCAGAAAAUGUUUUCCCUCAACACGCACAAAUGAUGAACACGCCUUAAAAGGGAAGAAAUUCUAGUUUUAAAAUUACAUUUGUUUAUGUAAGGAAGUUCAUUUUGUCAAGUUUAUUUUGUAUUUUUAAACCUUCAGCUAUUAUUUUUACCUCACUGAUGGAUAAAAAAGGGAAACCUGAAGCAGGUUUUGCACUUUGUGUCUGAACUCAGGUGUUUAAUCAUCUUUAAAUUUCUGUCUGCAAGUAUCAUUGUCACUGCGGAAGAUGAUGUAAACUUGUGCCUUAAUUAUCAAAUUUAAAAGGGAUCACACAUUCCAGCUCUGUAGCUUCAUUUUGUGGAAAAUACUUAAGUUACUGUUUACAAUUUUUUACUCUGUUUGGAAGGGAUUUGUGUCGGAUCAGCUGUGAGUCCGUUUUGUUUCUGUAAAUUUGCUAAAACACGGAAUGUAAAUACAUCUAUAAGCAAAUGAA